AUGGGCACCCUCCCUCCCUCCGGCGAUGUUGAUCCUGGCGGGAAGGGAAGGACGGAAGCUGCGUCUCGUAGUUUCGUGGAACCGCGCAAGAGGAUCUGCGAUGCCACAGAUCCGGAGGCCACUGUUUCGGCCGUCGACGAUGCCUACUUAGCAACCGAGACAUGGCGAGCCUCACCCUGUCCGUCGCGGCCCGGUAGCGUCGAAGGAGUGGCCGGUGGCAAACGCGCCGGGAUAAGCGAUCCUGUCUCUGCCAACAUUGCCGGCCACGUCAGGAAGGUCCAAGAACCGUGCUCGAGGGCGUUCGCUGUCGAGCGCCUAGAGGCGGGCCAGAACCCAGGCAGCCCCGGAUCUGACAAGCUGGCAUCGAUAGAGCAAGUGAAGGGCCGAGACGAAGGGCGUCCGGCUUCGGAGGCUGAGCCCUACGACCCGGCUCUCGUUGCAUGCCACCUUUCAUCCAAGGGCUCCGGAUGGCGGCGUGCGUCGUGGUUCGGCGCAGUCGCCAACUUAUUGCCAUGCCACUUCGCGGAGCAUCGUUCGUUCACGUCUUGGCGACCCUCCCUGGACACCGGCGGCCAUUUGUCUCGCGGGGAAGCAGCAGGCGUCGAGACGAAAGAAGCAAAUUUCCCGCAGCCUGCUCCCUGCCCCGGGAGGCAUCCGGUGCCCCGUGCCCGAACCAAACGAGGAAAUGAGGCGAUAGUCGUGCAUGCGCGUGCGCUUCCGUACCGGCGGCUAUUGUUGCAACUCGGUGAAUCGGGUGCCUGCUGGGGUCAGUGUCAGGGCGACGUCGGUCUGGUCUGGCCUGCUUCAGGGAGGGCGUCUGGGGAAUCCGCCCCCCCCGUUGGCCCCCACAAAUGGCGCUGCUCAGGCAUGGCAUCAUUGAUCACUCAGAUCAGCCCAGGCGGCGCCACGGGGACAGGGCGGACGCCCUCGACACGGCACGCCUCGAGAUGGAUAGCAGUGCCGGGCGCGCGUCGCGGCGAUCGGACUCGCCCAGGCGUCGGCGGGCCAUCACGAGGACAGGCGCACCGUGAACCCGGCGGUUGCACAAUGUGCUGGCGAGCAGCAAAUCCACCCCCGACUGGCGGCGGGACAGGCAGCGGUUUCGUUCCCCGGUGGCGGCGCACGUCCGCUUGCGUUCUGGCGGUAAGAGGACUGAAAUGGCGGAUGCCCCAUCCGGGGAAAAGGACGACAAGACGCCAUCCGGCGGACGACGGCCGUGAUUGCUCCUUGCCAGCAAUAGCAGCUAGGUCGAGGUUGGCUGCUGCACCGGCCUGUGCCACGAACACGACGUGCCUCGCUGGGCCAAGCUAUCGCGCGAUCUUUGGGAUAUCAUGA